CGCUGCGGUGUUUUGUGGUGGAUGUUAACUGCCAAGUGGGGAUAUUCAUCUGAUAUUGAAAAAUUUGUUUGCAGAUAGUACAUACACAUCGGUUAGAAUGUGUUAAUAAACCAUACGUUGACCAUAUUUAAGCCACUGUAAUACACAUUCUUGUUAUUAAAAUUUAAGCGGUGAGCUGUCACCCCCCGAGCUGAGAUAAUGGUUUGGUCAGUAAUGGAUGCCCCUUCAUCGGAGAUAUAGGUUCCUGUUAAUGAGAAGAUGAGUGAACUGAAGGACUGUCCCCCUCUGAAGUACUAUGACUUCAAACCUGUGGACCAUUUGAAAGUAUGUCCACGCUACACAGCAGUGCUCAGCCGCUCAGAAGAUGAUGGCAUUGGCAUUGAGGAGCUGGACACGCUUCAGCUGGAGCUGGAAACACUCCUCUCCUCUGCGAGUCGGCGUCUCAGAGCGCUGGAAGAACAGAGACAGAUACUUACAGACUGGCAGGACAAAAAAGGGGACAAAAGGUUUCUGAAAUUAGGGAAGGAUCCAGAUCUCGCAGCCUCUUCUCGUCAUUCCAAGCCCAAAAAACAGAAGCUUGAUGGAAAGGGAAGUCAUGGUCCCGGACCUGGGCCAGGUAGACCGAAGUCUAAGAACAUACAGACCAAGGUCCAGGACUUUGAAUUUGAAGUGGACCCCCAAGAUAUACCCCGCAACCCUAAAAAUGAUGCUCCCAACAGAUUCUGGGCUUCGGUGGAGCCUUACUGUGCAGACAUUACAAAUGAAGAGAUCAGAGUUCUGGAAGAGCUGCUCAAACCCCCUGAAGAUGAAGCUGAAUACUACAAGAUCCCAGCUCUCGGAAAGCACUAUUCCCAACGCUGGGCUCAAGAGGACCUGUUAGAAGAGCAAAGAGAGGGGGCAAGAGCCAAUGACAAGAAAAAAAGCAUGAUGGGUCCUCUUUCUGAACUGGAUGCUAAAGAUGUAGACGCCCUACUGAAGAAAUCAGAGUCUCAGCAUGAACCUCCUGAGGACGGCUGUCCUUUUGGCCCUCCCUCACCCAAAUCAUUUACAAUAUAG